AUGGCAUCAGCCCAAAAAGAAGUUAUCCUUUGCAAUCAGUGCGAACUACAAAUUAAAGAUAAGCAUAUGAAAUGCUGUGAUUGUGAUUCGCAUUAUCAUUUUACCCCUUGUUGCUCUAUACAGCAAUCAUCAUAUUCAGGAAUGACCGCACAAAAGAAGGCGAUGUGGAAGUGCCAUAAAUGCAGAGAACGUAGGCUCUCUACAAACUCAUACCAUAUCGUUGUCUCUCCAGCAGACAAAAACAAUCAAAAACAGAAAAGAACUAACGAAGGAGAAGAUGAAGUAUUCGAUGAAAUAAACAAACGCUUUAAAAACAAUGCAAACUUCAAUACCCCAACAGGUACGCCAAAUCAAAACAACACCGAAAAUUUGCAACAACAAUGCAUCAAUGUUAACCAGCAAGUGGCUGAGAGUGAGGUAAUGCAGAUGAUGAUGAAGAGUAUGUCGCAAAUAACAACACAACUGGCAGCGAUAACUACGCAAUUGCAACAACAACAAGGCACACUUCUUCAAAUAAAUGAAAACAUCACCAACCUUAACGACAAAGUUAUUGAACUACAAAAUCAAAACAAGGAAAAAGAGAAAAGAAUAGAUGACAUGGAAAACAAAAUGCAUACACUGGAACAAAAAAUUAUUCGAAAAAACAUAGAAAUAAAUAACAUACAAAACGAAGAUAUAAACGUAAAUGAAAUUGUUCAACUAGUUGCUGGAAAAGCAAAUAUAAAUAAAAUAUUAGAUAAAGUGAAAUUAAUCAUACUAGUUGAAACCAACAUAAUGGACGAAGAAAACUGCCUAUACACAAUCCAAAACUUUAAUGGUGUGUUUCUAAACCGCAAAAAUAAAGGUGGAGGAAUAGCAGUUUACAUGCGAAACGAUAUAAACUUUACCGUAAAAUUAUUAAAUACAAAGAGCUUUGAGUCAUUAGCCCUUGAGAUGUGUAUAGAAAAAAUCCCUAUUAUACUUAUGCCCAUAUAUCGGCCACCUUCUCUAAAUGUAAAAGAUUUCAUAAACGAACUUGAACUAAACAUGAACUUAAUAAAUAAAGGAAAAGUGUUAUUGGUUGUAGGAGAUAUGAAUAUUAAUAUAGCCAAAGAGAAAGACAAAUCAACUGCUUUGUAUCGAGACAUGAUGUCCGCAAAUGGACUACAAUGUGAGGUGAACACAAUAACGAGGGACGCUGGCAAAGGUAAUGGAUUAUGCAUUGAUCAUAUGUAUGUCCGAACAAACAAAAUAACGACCGCUCAGGCCUUCGUCAUUAGAAGUAUUCUCUCUGAUCACUAUGCCAUUUUCGGUUGCCUUAAAUACACAAACAAAAAAAACACAAAAGAUCAACAUGUUUCUAGUAAUAUACACUGUGAGAAAUCAAACCAAGAAAAUAAAGUUAAAGUUAGCAUUGAUAAACGCAAAUUAAAUUGGUUUAUAAACAACACAAGCUGGGACAUCGUUUUAAACCAAAAUAAUACUUGCGAAGAAAAAUAUCAAAUUGUAUGCAAAACAUUUCACGAAAUCUACAAUAAAUCAAAACAAAACAAAAGAAAACUUAAACAAAGAAACGACUUUCCAUGGCUAAACGAUCAAAUUAUAAAGUACUGUGAUACUGAUAAUGUAGACGAUGUUAUAAAGAAAAACUUUAAAUCAGCAGACCUAAAAACUAUAACAGAAAACUUCGCAGUUAAAUUUAAGGAAAACGUAAAUAAUAUUAUCCACAAAUGCGAAAUAAAAACAUUAAUUCAAACUCCACGUAUUGUUCAAAACACAAUAUUUCUUGAAAAUACGGAUGAAGCUGAAAUUUCCAACAUUCUCAGAACUCUGAAUGUCAACAAAGGAGCAGGAGUUGAUGGAAUAAGGCCUAUAGAUAUAAAAAACAAUGCGAGAAAACUUACCCCUGUAAUAACCUCACUUAUUAACUCGAGUAUUGAUGAAGGAAUAGUUCCGUCUGAUCUUAAAACGUCAAUAGUCAGACCUAUUUACAAAUCCGGCACAAAAUCAGACUAUAAUAAUUACAGGCCUAUUUCAAUACUGCCAUUAUUUGAAAAAAUACUAGAAGAAGUAAUAGUGAGAAGAUUAAACGGUUUUUUGAAUAAAUAUGGUAUCAUCAACAGACAACAGUAUGGUUUCCAAAAAGGCAAAAAUAUAAAUAAACUGUUAGGUCAUUUCUCGUCGUAUAUAAAUCAACAACUAGAUAAUAAUAUGAACUGUUUAGUAUUGUUUAUAGACUUUAGUAAAGCAUUUGAUACCCUACCCCAUUCAAACCUUUUAAGUGUGUUGGAAAGAAAUGGAAUACGAGGACAAUGCCUAAAGUGGUUCAAUGAAUAUUUACAUAAAAGAACGUUCAAAGUUAAAAUUGAUGCCAAUUAUAGCAGUGAAAUGCAAUCCAAUUACGGUGUACCGCAGGGUUCAAAACUUGGACCCAUAUUGUAUCUAAUAUAUGCAAAUGAAUUAAUAAACGUCACGACAAACAGUGAAGCAUUUGCAUAUGCAGAUGAUACAGCCAUUGUUGUGCGUCACAAGGACCCAUCAGAAGCUGUAAAAAUCUUGCAAUCUGAGUUCAAUGUUAUAUCAAGAUGGUGUCACGACAAUGGUCUGAUAAUCAAUGCAAACAAAUCUAAAGUUAUGCAUAUUCGCCAACCACAUCUAAAAUCUUCAAAUAUACAAAUAAAAUUCCAUAACUACGAUUGUCUACAUGACAAUAAAUCUACAUAUGAAAUGUGUAAUGGAAAAUGUGAUCAAUUUCUUGAAGCUGUGGACACGUAUAAAUACUUAGGCGUAACAGUUGACCGAAACUUCAAUUGGAAAACACACAUAAACUUGCUAAACAAUAAACUUCGUUCAACAUCCUAUAUAUUGUACCAUUUGAAUAACUGCGCACCACUCUCCAUAACUAAACAAGUAUACUUUACACUGGGUGAAUCGCAUAUCAGACACGGCAUAACGGCCUUUGGAACCUCAAGUCACAUUAAAAUUAUACAAAAAACUCAAAAAAGACUAAUAAAAACCUUAAUGAGAAACAAAUCGCACAAAGAAAACAGCAAUAUCUUAAAUACUAUAACACAUAGAAACACUCAAUAUACACAAAAUCAAAACCAACACUAUGAAUUUUCACCAGAAAUGGUCUCGAACUUUCUAAAACAACAUAACAUUUUAAACGUAACAAAUCUUUAUAAAUCUGUGAUAAUGAAUGAGUUCGAUGAUAUAAAUCUGCUGAAACCCAUUAACCACACAUACAACACAAGAAGAAAAUCAAAAUCACUAUUUAAAACGCCAAAAAUUAGAACAAAAUACGGAAAAAAUGCCCUCAACUAUCAACUGCCAAAUACCUGGAAUGCAAUGCCAUCGGAUAUCAUCACCAUAACCAGCCAAAAGAAGCGUAAAAAAGAAAUCAAAAGGGUUCUAAUCGCAUCGCAAUGA